AUGACCAAAAGAACGAAGAAGGUCGGCGUGACCGGAAAGUACGGUACCAGAUAUGGUGCCUCCCUCAGGAAGCAAGUUAAGAAGAUGGAGAUCCAGCAACAUGCUCGCUAUGUUUGCACGUUCUGCGGAAAGUCGAGCGUAAAGAGACACUCCGUCGGUAUUUGGAACUGCAAGUCAUGCAAGAAGGUCGUGGCUGGAGGAGCAUACACCGUCUCAACACCUGCCGCGGCAGCCAUGCGAUCAACGCUCCGACGAUUGAGGGAAAUUGCUGAGGUCUAG